AUGGAUUCACUAAUGGCUGCUGACAGUUUUGCUUAUACAACAUUUAUCCCGACACAACAUUUUACAACCAGAGAUCGGGAGUUACUACAACUUGUAAAUAUUGUUUUCUUGAGUGGGCCUAUGGCUUUUUUCGGAAUAAUCGGUAAUGUGAUAAAUUUAAUUGUAUUUUAUCAACAAGGUUUGAAUACAAACACCAAUAUUGGCUUUUUUGCUUUGGCCAUAGCAGACUUGAUUACUCUUAUUUAUCAAGCUGCAUGGGCUGUUUUAGCUUCCCUAGUGUUUGGAGGUAUUCACAUGAAUAUUGAAUACGUAAGUGUACAAUUUGCGAUUUUAGCUUUACCUAAAGAGGGUUUUGCACGAAAUAGCUGUUUGAUUACGGUAUUGAUUACAGCAGAGCGAUGUCUGUGCAUUGUGUUUCCUCAGACUGUCAAAGAGAUGAUCACUCCGAAAGGUGCCAGACUGGUGAUUGUAAGCAUCUACUUAGGUACUUUUUUGUCUGGUUUACCUAUCCUAAUGAAUUAUCGAGCCAAUUGGAAGUUUGAUAAGGAAAUGAAUUCAACUAUUUUAAGCAUAGAUUUCACUGGUAGUAGCCAUCUGUUACAAAAAGUUAUUUAUUUUAUACACGCUGUCUCUUUAAUUGUAUCCGUCGGCGCUGUUUUGGUGUUUACCUUGAUUCUGGUUUUAAAAUUGAAGCAAACGUCAGCCUGGCGGGUUACAGCCCACAUUCAGCAGAAAGACUUCUUGUCCAAGAGAGACAGUUCUGUCAUGUCCAUGGUUGUACUUAUAGCUAGCAUUUUGAUCGUCUGCUUUACGCCAUCAGUUGUAUUGUGCAUUGCAACGUUUGCUGAGCCUGAGUUCAGCG